UGUGCGCAGAUUUGUUGUGAUAAAAGUUGGUGUGCACGUUGAACAAGAAAAGGCUUUAAUUUUAAGUAAAAUGGCAAGUUUUGGAAGGUUUUCGCGCUUAUAUCGCUUAAGCCAAGUUGCCAUCAAUAAUGGAAAAUUCUUGGCUCACCGAAACACUUUUACUUACGGAAAUAAAGCGAGUCUGCUCAAUGUUAGAUUCUUAAGCACCGACGCUGAAGCCAAAGAAGACUACCAUACAAUCAUCAAAGAUACAGAGAAGCCAAAAGGUGAAAGUACCAAGCAUGAAUUCCAAGCGGAGACAAGAAUGUUGCUGGAUAUUGUUGCAAGAUCUUUGUAUUCAGAAAAGGAAGUUUUUGUUAGAGAGUUAAUUUCGAAUGCAAGUGAUGCUCUGGAGAAGUUCCGUUAUUUAUUGCUGUCAAGUGAGGAGGCAAAGCAAACUUUGCAGGCACAGGACAGGCAAUUGGAAAUUCACAUUUCCACUGACAAACAAAACAGGACAUUGACAAUCCAAGAUACUGGCAUUGGUAUGAGCAAAGAUGAGCUCAUUUCCAACCUUGGUGUUAUUGCCAGAUCUGGCUCAAAGGCUUUCCUUGAGAAAUUGAAAGAUAAGAAUGCUGCUGGUGGUGAAAAUGCUAACAAUAUCAUUGGACAGUUUGGUGUUGGCUUCUACAGUGCCUUCAUGGUUGCUGAUAAGGUUGAGGUUUAUUCUAAAUCUUCAACUGGAGAUCAGGGUUAUAAAUGGAGCUCUGAUGGAACUGGAGUUUAUGAGGUACAAGAAGCUGAAGGCGUGCAAAACGGAACCAAGAUCGUGAUGCACUUGAAAAUGGAUUGUCGCGAAUUCUGCGAUGAAGAUACUGUUAGUAAUAUAAUUAACAAGUACAGCAACUUUGUUGGAAGCCCAAUUUACUUGAAUGGUAAAAAGGCGAAUGCUGUGCAACCACUCUGGUUGAUGGAUCCAAAGAAUAUCACUCCACAACAGCACAGCGAAUUUUAUAGAUACAUUAGCAACAGUUAUGAUCUUCCUAGGUUUACCUUACAUUACAACACAGAUGCUCCCCUAUCUAUUCAUGCUCUGUUAUAUUUCCCAGAUGGCAAACCAGGUUUAUUUGAGAUGUCAAGAGAAACUGAAACUGGAGUAGCUUUAUAUACCAGGAAAGUUUUGAUCAAAAGUCGAACUGAUAAUAUUCUCCCGAAAUGGUUGCGUUUCGUAAAAGGCGUUGUCGAUUCUGAAGAUAUUCCCUUGAAUUUAAGCAGAGAAUUGCUGCAAAACAGCGCGUUAAUCAAGAAAUUGGGCAGCGUUUUAACAAACAGAAUUUUAAAAUUCUUGUUAGACAAGGCCACCAAAAAUCCCGAAGAGUACGAUAAAUUCUACACAGAUUAUGGACUAUUUUUAAAGGAGGGAAUUAUUGUAAAUCAUGACCAAAAUGAAAAGGAGGAAAUUGCAAAACUCUUGCGUUUCGAAUCGUCUCACAAAGAUGCCGGAGCCAAGGUGAGCCUUCAGGACUACGUUUCUAAAAUCACUGACGGCCAGAAAACUAUCUUCUAUUUGGCUGCCCCAAGUCGCACCCUAGCUGAAGCAUCACCAUAUUACGAAUCUUUGAAAGCGAAGAAACAAGAAGUGCUCUUCUGCUAUGAACCAUACGAUGAAUUAGUCUUGAUGCAGUUGCAACAGUUCAAGGGAUUCAGGGUGGUUUCUGUUGAGAAGGACAUGAGAGAGGACAAAGCUGCAGCCGAUUUGACUAACUUAGGAGACGACAGCUUGAAGAGGAGCGAAAUCGAUGAACUUGUUAAAUGGAUGAAGGACCAAUUGCCUGGAAAAGCCGCUCAAGUGAAUGCCACCACCCGUUUGGAAAACCAUCCUUGUGUUAUCACUGUAGAAGAAAUGGCAGCCGCGAGACAUUUCAUCCGCACACAAAGCCAUUCGUUAUCUGAAGAUAGAAGAUUUGCCCUGCUGCAACCUCAACUAGAAAUCAACCCAAAGCAUCCUAUCAUCAAGAAACUGCACAAGCUGAUUACUUCCGAUCCACCAUUGGCCGAACUCCUCACUAAACAGCUGUUCGCCAACUCGAUGGUCGGUGCUGGUCUCGUCGACGACCCAAGGAUUCUCCUUACCUCCAUGAAUGAUCUGCUGUCCAAGGCUUUGGACAAGCAUUAAGGGAUUUUCUGUUCUCUUUUUAUUACUUAGUUUUCUUGUUUUAAUUGUUAUCAUAAGGUAUCAUUCCUACACUCAAAAAUGAUAUGUAUUAUGUUAAUACAGAUAUAAUUUUUUUAAUGAU